UCAUCGCUUCGUUUCUCUUACGAGCACUUUUGCACUCAAUGCAUCUUUGCCAAAUGGAUAAAUUGUGAAGUGUAACGAAGAGGAAAUGCAGAUCGAUAAAGUGAGUGCUUUGGUGGACUUUUCCAGUUGAAGAGUUUCAGGAUGAAGAUGGUGUGUGAUCAAUACUGAGAUAGACAGCCUGGCAGUGAAACUGGACACAGACUAUAAUUCCCCAUCUGGAAGUCAAUAUGAAGUACAAAGAGGACUUAUCUGCCAUUUGUACCCAGUAGAACAUCUCCAGAAAAAAUGAAUGAACUUGAAAACUCUACAGCAAGUGGGAACACAUCUGUCAUCCUAUCAGUUCCACAUAACCUUUGGGAAGUCAUCACUAUUGCUACUGUGUCUGCUGUUGCAAGCCUAAUCACUAUAGUGGGAAACAUUUUGGUGAUGCUUUCUUUUAAAGUGAACAGUCAGCUGAAGACAGUAAACAACUACUAUUUACUAAGUUUGGCUUUUGCAGACCUCAUUAUAGGAGUGUUUUCUAUGAACCUUUACACUAUGUACAUUCUGAUGGGAUACUGGUCUCUGGGAAACCUAGCUUGCGAUCUCUGGUUAGCUCUGGACUACGUGGCAAGUAACGCUUCAGUAAUGAACUUGCUGGUGAUCAGCUUCGAUAGAUAUUUCUCCAUUACGAGGCCCCUUACCUACAGGGCUAAACGAACACCCAAGCGUGCUGGCAUUAUGAUCGGCUUGGCAUGGCUCAUAUCUUUCAUCUUAUGGGCCCCUCCAAUUUUAUGUUGGCAGUAUUUUGUGGGCGAGAGAACAGUUCCUCCAGACCAGUGCCAGAUUCAGUUCUUCUCAGAACCUGUGAUUACAUUUGGAACAGCCAUAGCUGCCUUUUAUGUUCCUGUCUCCAUUAUGACCAUUUUGUACUGCAGAAUCUAUAAGGAGACCGAGAAGCGUACAAAAGACUUGGCUGAGCUGCAAGGGAUUGCGUCUGCAGAUAGCGGCGACAACCCUAAAGCACAAAAACAACGAUCUUGCUUUGCUUUCAGAACAGACCGGAGCAGAGCACAAGGCUUGUGGUCUUCAUCAACCCAAAGUAAUAUGACUAAGACCACAGCACAGUCUGAGGACUUGUGGGUGAAAUCAGAUCAAGCUGCUGCUCUUAAUAGCUACACAUCCUCUGAAGAUGAAGAGCGCCCAGUUUCAGAAGCACCAUCUCAAGAUUCCUACAAAAAACAGGAUGAGAUGAACUAUUAUAAAGAAAGACAAUUUAUUGCUAAUUCCACCAAGUACUACUCACAAAAGAAUAAGAAAUGCAUCUCCUACAAGUUCAAGCCAGUCCUGAAAACCAGCCCGCAGAAAGAAACUAGCGAAGCUGUUACUCAUCCUUGCCCAUCAUCACAACAGUUAACCCUCACAUCUGCAUCCUCGCCGGCCCAGCCGAGGGAUUCUAGUCUCAAAAGUCAAAUCACUAAACGUAAGAGAAUGGUUCUCAUCAAGGAGAAGAAGGCAGCUCAGACCCUCAGCGCUAUUCUACUCGCCUUUAUUCUUACCUGGACUCCAUAUAACAUCAUGGUACUUAUCUCCACUUUCUGCUCUGACUGCAUCCCUCUGUCUCUCUGGCACCUGGGCUACUGGCUUUGCUAUGUCAACAGCACUGUCAACCCCAUGUGCUAUGCCUUAUGCAACAAAACCUUCCAGAAGACCUUUCGGAUGUUGCUGUUCUGCAAGUGGAAAAAGAAGCAAGGAGAGGAGAAGCUGCAGUGGUGUGGACAAAAUGCACCAAUGACCAAUAAACUGACACAGCAGGCAGACUGAACUAUUCAUGUAGCAAAAAAACUAUACCUUAGCAAAUAAAUAUCUUGACUAUAGUCUAAUUUAUUUCAUAUUUCUUACAGACAUAUAUGUUCCAUGAACAGAGCAAAACACUUUCAAAUAGUAAAGAAACAUAUCUAGAUAAAUACUUUAUCUAAGAUAUGCUUCUAUAUAAUAGCAAUUAUUGCAUAUUUUACAACACAAUCUUAAUUUAACAAAAUGAGAAAUAUGUUAUAAAUGUUCCUUUAUUCAAGAUCUACAAUGUCUGCUGUAUUCUGACGUCCUACAAUGUGUUUCCUUAUACAUUAAUGCUUUUAGCUGUUGUAACGUAUUGUGUACUGCCUAAGCAUUAACAGUCCAUUUCUUUUUUGUAAAAUUCCUUUCAAGAGCUUCAGUGACAUGCUUAUAUUAUUUUUUAUUUGAAUAUCUGACUCAAACUCAUAUUAUGAUGUGCUUAAAGUCUGAACUUACUUAACACUAACAUUACUAAACUCUUAUAUACACCAAAUCACUAGUUACAGAUUCUGAUUUUCACUGAUCAACGCUUACUCAAAAGGGCAGCAGCAAGAUAUAUAAAAUCAUUCUGCUGUACAUGAAGUUCCCACGUGAUCUGCUGUUUCUGAAAUACUCAACCCAUCCUGUCUGGCACCAUCAACUAUUUCAUGGUUAAUCACUAAGAUCACAUUUUUCCCAGUCAGAUGCUUGAUGUGAACAUAUUAACUAUGAGGUCAAGAGCUUUAUUUAAUGUUCACAUUAAACAUCAGAAUUGUGUCUAAAGGACUGUUUUGAGAAAUUGUUGAUCUCCUGGGACAGCCUCUGGACUUUAUAAAUAAUGUUAAAAAUAAAAGUGAGUGUGGGUUCUUGUGAACAGAAACGCCUCGAAGAUGACAGAGAUUAGAAGAGAACUGCCAAACUGUUUUGAGCUGAUAGGAAGGUAAAGCUACUCUUUACAACCACGAUGAGCUGACAAUUCUCUCAGGAUGUGCGUCAAACCGUAAUUUGGAUAUUUAGCAGCAAAUGUCCUCAUGCAGUUCCACUGCUGUCAACCUACAACAGGAAGCUAAAGCUACAAUGAGGAUUCAUUCACAUAAUAUGGAGUUUUUCCAAUAAAUUAAAGUUGUUUCAGUACAUCUUUUUUCCAAUCUCUCCAGUUUCAGUGAGUCUGUGACAAUUGUACACACAGCUGUGAGAUAAAAAUCCUAGAACAGCUUUCUGAAUUACUCAAACAAGCCCAGACAUUACACCAAGUCAGA